AUGGCGGAGAUGAGCGGGCGCAACAUAGAGCACAUACUGCUGGCCGAGUUUGACAUCGACAAGGGCAGCACUCUCAAGCACCAAAUACCCGGACCCAUACCAAACUAUGCCGACGACUUUUUGGCAGACCGCAUGCUGCCCGAUGGUGCACAGAACCAGGAAUGGGACUGGACGCUCUUCUUCCUGAACAGAGAGGUCCACUACAGCAACCGAGCUUCGGCAGAUGACAUGGAGUCGUGGGAAGUGAUCGGCAAUGAGGAGCGCGGACGGGCCAAACAGAUGAAAGAGGUGGGCAAGAUGGGGGUCAACAACAAAAACGAACGCGAUGACGAGAAGCCGCUCUAUUGCCUCACCCUCAUCCACUGCCGUAAGGACGAAACUGUGCGGCGCGGUGCCACCAUUCGGUCGAUCGCCAUCUGCUCGCGGCUUCCGUUCGUCAACGUGUUUCGGCCCCUUCUGUUCCGCGCCCUUCAGGAGUACUUUCACGAGGAGGACGUCGGUGUACUACAAUGCCUCUACUCCUCGAUCAACAACACUGACCUCUCCCGUCAGAAGACCAUCAUCAGUAACACGCAGAGCUUCGCGCAAUACAGCAGCCGACCGCUCUAUUCCUUUUUCGUGCCGAGCAGCGCCGAGUCAGCGUCGGGACAAGUCGCGCUGGAGCACGGCCAGCAGUUCAUAUUCGAAGAACCUCUGCGCGUUCCGCUCCACCACUCCAAGGACCAGUUCGACGAGGUGCGACUUCCUGAAAGUCUCACCACACACCUGACCCAAACGCAUGCGCUCACCGUCGCCAUCGUGUACGACGUUGAACAGAUUUCGGUCCGCGACUUGUUGCGCAAGUUCAAGGCCAAGGGCGUUGUCUAUCUCUACAUGACCGUGCUCAUGGGCUACCGUCUGCUGGUCAUGGGACACAACGUCUCCACCUCGGAUAUCUGCCAGUCGGUGCUGUCGAUCGUGGGGCUCGUGUGUCCGCCCCUGUCGGGCAUUUUGAUGGAGCGGGCCUUCCCCUACGUCAGCUUGACCGACGUUAUCUUCCAGGAUGUGGACGGGUUCAUUGCGGGUACGACGAACCCGUACUUCAAGGAGAAGUGCGAUUGGGACGUGCUGGCCGAUCUCGAGAGCGGCAAGGUCGUCAUUCGCUCGCCCAAGGUCGAGCAGCUCAUCACCGGCCAGGUCGUCAGCUCCAUGAGCGAGAAGUCCACCUCGGGUCUGCGGCUGUUUGCGAGCAAGUUGGAUUCGUACUCGCGUCAGUCAUUGGCCGGACCUUCGGCGGUGGCUACCUACAACGAGAAGCUCAUCAAGCUUCUCAAGAAGGGCCUUGCCCUCGACGUCGGCGAAGCCUGGCUGCGACGGCGCUUCCAGGAGAACACACUGAACCUGCUCGAUGCAGCCUUGGGUCCGGCCAUCAAGCCGCUCGUGCCCGAGAAGCAGAAGGCGGCCGACCAGCUCUCCGCCGUCCACAAGAAGAUCCGCGAGACCCUCGCCUUCCAGCGGUAUGAGCAGUGGGUGAAGAGUGGGUUCCGGAUACAGGAGCAGCCCGAUGACGACGAGGGAUCCGAUCAAACGCGAACGAGCCUGGUGUUGCACCACAUCAAGCAGCUCCAGCAGAUCGUGGAGGGCGAAAAGGACGGCAAGCCGACCAGCGGCGAUCCCUCCUCGCUCGACGUCAUCUUCGCCAACCUCCUCGCCCUCGUGCAGACCAAGCGGCAGUACUCCGAUUUCUUGUCGCUGUUGUGCCUGUAUCUGGGCGAUGCGGACCUGGAGUCCUUCCUUGCUCGAAUCGCCUCGGAGCCGCUCCGCCUACAGACCUCCAUCUUCUUUUCGCGCCUGCUCGCCUUCAAGAGUCGAAUGCUCCAAGGAGAAGAGUGA